UGACGAUUUGAGGACAAAUCUUUCUCAAGAGAGGGGGAAUGAUGUGAAUCAGGUUGCUAAAGCCUCACAAGAUCUGUUGAGCAUUAAUGGAGGCCCAAUAUCUGUUGAACAUUGAUGGAGGCCCAAUUUAAGCAUUAAUGGAGGCCCAAAAUCUGUUGAGCAUUUAUGGAGGCCCAAUAACAAGAUUGCAAGAUUUGGGGUUGAUUGAUUGAUUGGUUGAUUGAUUGACACAAUUGCCAAAUUUGGGGUUGAUUGAUUGAUUGGUUGAUUGAUUGACAAGAUUGCCAGAUUUGGGGUUGAUUGAUUGAUUGAUUGAUUGACAAGAUUGCCAGAUUGAUUGGUUGAUUGAUUGAUUGACAAGAUUUGCAAGAUUUGGAGAUGAUUGAUUGAUUGACAAGAUUGAUCCAAGCUUCCCUUAUUUCCUCCUUUGUUUUAAAUCUUUUCUAUUUUAGAUAAUUCUUGUUUCUUUAUCAGAUUAUGCUAUUUCCUUCUUGUAAUCAAUUCCUAAUAUGCCUGGGAUUUGAUUUAUUUCUUUCUAAUUUAGAAUUUGAAUUCGGCUAUAUAAGCCAAUGUAACCCGAGAGGAAUUUAGUUUUGGAUCAAUAUUAUUUUGUGAGAGUUUUCUCUUUGGUUCUUCAACGAACUAUUUUGAACUUAUCAAGAUUUUAUCUUGUGGCGUUCAUCCUUGACUUAUCACUCACAAAUCUUCUCAUCUAUCUUGAGUGUGGCGUCAACCCUACCUUCUUAUACCUUUGGUUCUUAUCUCUUUAUAGAUAACGGGUCAAGGUCCUUUGUUUUCUUUAUUAUGAAUCUGUUUUAGAACGAUCCUUGGCAAAGGAACCAUUUUUGAUCGUCGGGUCUCACCUUCCUUCGUGGGGUUCACAUCAUUUGGUAUCAGAGCUUUGGCUCUAAAUCAGGUUUGAACUAUCCUUAUUUUUGCUUUCAUUGAUUAUUGUUUCUCUUUAUUCCCGCACCAUUGUUUGUUCUUCAAGUUUGCAACUUUGCCUAUUUUUCAUCUUGAUUUCUUCAAGUUUUGUUAUUUAUCAUUAUAUAUAUAAAAAAAAGUGAGAAGUUGGGAAUUCCAAAAAAAAAAAAAAAGGAAAGUUGGAAAUUCAAAAAAAAAAAAAAAAGAGUGGAAAGUUGGAAGUUCGCAAAGAAAAAGAAAGUGCGAAAUUGAAAAUUCAAAAAAAAAAAAAGUAAAGUAAAUUCAGAAAUCAAUUGAAUCUGAAUUAGUUGAAGUGUUGCUUAUCAUUCAAGUUUUGAUAGCAUAAAGUGUGUAUUCUGUCUAUUCAGAACAGUUUGACCCUAGUUGCAUCAAAAUUCGUAUCUCCUUUUCCUGUUGUCUUUUCUUAUCCAUUGUUUCAUUAUAACUCUAUCCUUUCGGCUUCUUAAAUUCUGCCUAUUUUUUUCGUCCUUUGCAAAUUAAUCCAUUCUCAUUCUUAGUGAUCUGAUUGGUUGAGUUUGGAUUGUUGCAAGAAAAAUUUUGAUUGAGUUCAUUUGAGUUCAAUAAAGAACUAAAAGAGGAGGCUAAAGAGUGGAAAAAGGCAGGAGAGUGUGAGCUCAUAAGAGGGUAAAAGCCAAGUUUGAGAAUACACGAGUGUGAGUGCUAUCAAUCUUGAGAGGAAACACGUGAGGGAGUGUUUGUGAGGUUUCCUAACUUUGUUUUGCAGGCUAUUAAACAUGUCUCGAGAGAAUGAAGCUCAGGAAAAGAUAGAUUUCAAACUCUUCUUUCAGUCCUUAGAGCAAAAAUUUGAACGAAUGGAGAUGAGGUUUGAUGAGAUAAAUGAGAAAAUAGAUAAAGUUGAAUCUAGUUCACAAAGGGGGCAACCACCUAGAGCUCCUACUGUGCAACGAAGAGAGAGGCAUCCACCUAGGUAUGAUUAUGAAGAUGACUAUGGGGAUGACCUAGAUGAUGAUGAUCGUUCCUCUAAUGUAAGUGUAGGCCGAAUUAGGCGUGGGAAUAGAGAUAGAGGAGUUAGACAUGGAGAAAGGAUUGAUAAUAACUUGGACAACAUUAAGAUGCAGAUUCCAUCUUUCCAAGGAAAAAACGAUCCAGAAGUUUAUUUGAAGUGGGAGACAAAGGUUGAAAUGGUGUUUUCUUGUCACAAGUACUCUGAAUUGAAAAAGGUAAAAUUGGCCACCAUCGAAUUUACUGAUUAUGCUAUUAUUUGGUGGGAUCAACUUAUUUUGAGCAGGAGACGGAAUCAUGAAAGGCCCAUUGAGACAUGGGAAGAAAUGAAGGCUAUUAUGAGGAGGCGAUUCAUUCCAAGUCACUACUAUAGGGACUUAUUUCAGAAGUUGCAACGCCUUACUCAAGGUUCCAAAAGUGUUGAGGACUACCACAAGGAGAUGGAAAUAGCCAUGAUUCGAGCCAAUGUGGAGGAGGACCGAGAAACUACCAUGGCCAGGUUCCUAGUUGGAUUGAACCGUGAUAUUGCAGAUGUGGUCGAAUUACAACAUUACGUUGAGUUAGAUGACAUGGUGCACAUGGCCAUUAAAGUGGAGCGACAAUUGAGGAGAAAGGGGUCCACACGAAUUGGGCAAAAUUCAAGUUCUUCUUCAACAUGGGAAUCGAAUUGUAGUGGAAAGGAUGAAAGGCCUAAUGUUGAAACCUUCAAAACAAACAAAGAUGGAGGAGCACCAAAUAAGGUAAAAUCUGAUACUCUACCUCCUAGAUAUAGAGAUAUCAAAUGCUUUAAGUGUUUGGGAACAGGCCAUAUUGCAUCUUAAUGCCCAAACAAGAGUGUGAUGAUUUUGAAAGAUGAUGGUGAUAUUGAGACCGAAGAUGAGAUUGAUAAUAAGUCUGAUAAUGAGUCCAUGCCACCUUUAGAGGAUGCAAGUGGCAUUGAGUACCCGGUUGAUGGGGAGCUCUUGGUGGCAAUGAGAGCUCUUA